AAAGGAGGCGCCCUCACUUUCCCGACGUUCCGAUUGGCCCUAAGGGAGGCCCCUCACUUUCCUGGCGUUCUGAUUGGCCGUAAGAGAGGGCCCUCACUUUGCAGACUGUAGCCGAGGCCGCGGGCUGUCGGGGCGGAGGCCCGGUGGCUUCCCAGUCAUAACCGCAGGGACGGCUUCGGGCUUUCCGCGCCACCCUCGGCCCUGGGGCGUCCUCCUCACCAAAGGUGACUCCCUGCAGUGGCUUCCCCUCUGGGGCGCGCCCGGGGCUUCCAGGGGGCGGCUUCAGAGUCCGCACCGUCAGCUGCAGCUUGCGGAGGGCAGGGCCCGCCCCCGGGGAGACGGCGAGCGCUGCAUGAAGUGCCCGCUGCGGGCCGCGGAGCUUAAUCAGCGCUCGCCGUCUGGCCCGGAGCCCCCCCCUUCCCCUCCCCCCCAGGGCCUUACAAGUACCGCGGUUAAGUGGAGCCGGAGUCACGUUGCUUCUCCGCCUCAGUUUCCUCCCCGCGAGAUGCGCACAAUGGCCCGGGCCUUUGGCCGCUGUUCCGCCCCUGGCGCUGCACCCUGAAGCAAUGAGUCUGAAAGCCUUCACGUACCCACUGCCUGAAACCAGGUUCCUCCACGCGGGCAGCAGCGUGUACAAGUUCAAGAUCAGAUACGGCAGCAGUGUCAGAGGGGAAGAAAUAGAGGAUAAGAAGAUUGUCAGCCAGGAGCUGGAGGACUCCAUUCGGGCCGUCUUGGGGAACCUGGACAAUCUGCAGCCAUUUACCACUGACCAUUUCGUCAUAUUUCCUUAUAAGAGCAAAUGGGAACGCGUGUCCCACCUGAGAUUCAAGCACGGGGCGGCCCUCCUUGAGCCCUACCCUUUUGUCUGCACCCUCUACGUGGAGAUGAAGUGGGCACCGGCUGGGCCCUCCAGAGGAGACAGCAAGCUUCCAGACAUGCACCCUUCUUCAGUGCCUCACCGCCCACCUGCCCUGGGGCCUCAACAAUCCCAAGGGUCUGGUUCCCAUCUGAAGGGGGAUGAUGAGGAAGCAGAAGUACGAGCCACGGCUGUAAAGAGGAGAAGACUAGAAGGUUGCUUGUUCUCCACAGAAAAGGAACAGGACAGGCCUGGGACGGAAACUUCCAGGAAGAAGGAGCCCCCGGCGCCUCCCAGCAGGAACUGGACCGGAGAAUCUGCCUCAGAAAAGGGGGAGGCUGAGGACUCUGACAUUUCUUUCCUCAAGGACCAUGGUGCCCCGGCAGGAUCUGGGUCUAGUCUGAGACAUCAACAGAAAUCCCCACCAAAGCCAAGCAGCCCGCCUUCAGAAGGGCCCCCCAAGCAAAAACAUGCCGGAUUUCUGGGCUUUCUAAGCUCCCUCUUCCCCUUCAGGCUGUUCGGCAGGAGAGCCAGCCAGUGAGCUUGUUGGAGAAAAGGGCCGCCUAUCCCCGAGCCAGCCCGGCUGCCUCAGCCCUGUCUCCUUUGGCUUGGCUGGCCGGAGGGCCCAGGACUCUCCAGGAGGGCCCAGGUCUCUCUGGGAGGGCCCAGGUCUCUCUGGGAUGGCCCAGGGCUUGCCAGGGACGGCCGGGCUCUGGCUCCCCACUUGACCUUGGCAGCCCGUGUUUGUUCAGAGUCAGCGGCUGAUGAAUAAAUGAAGCGCUGUUCCUUU